AUGUCGCAAGUUCAAGAACAACACAUAUCAGAGUCGCAGCUUCAGUACGGAAACGGCUCGUUGAUGUCUACGGUACCAGCAGACCUUUCACAAUCCGUUGUUGAUGGGAACAGCAACGGUGGCAGCGAUGAUAUCGCUGCCACCAACGGCUCCGCCGAUGGUGGCGGAUUGCAGGAGCAAGCUCAAGCACAGGGAGAGGCGGAAGAUGAAGUGUACGAUGAGGCAGCUUUGGGAUCGUUCGUACCCAUAGAGAAACUGCAAGUGAACGGGAUUACUAUGGCAGAUGUGAAAAAACUAAGGGAGAGCGGGUUGCACACUGCUGAAGCAGUGGCAUAUGCUCCUAGAAAGGAUUUGCUAGAGAUCAAGGGUAUAUCUGAGGCGAAGGCAGACAAGUUGCUGAACGAAGCCGCCAGACUAGUGCCCAUGGGGUUUGUCACGGCUGCUGAUUUUCACAUGAGAAGAUCGGAACUGAUUUGUUUAACAACUGGUUCUAAGAAUUUGGACACUCUUUUGGGUGGUGGUGUUGAAACGGGUUCUAUUACUGAGCUUUUUGGUGAAUUCAGGACAGGUAAGUCCCAACUAUGUCACACUUUGGCCGUGACUUGCCAGAUUCCGCUGGAUAUUGGUGGCGGCGAAGGCAAGUGUCUGUAUAUCGAUACGGAGGGUACUUUCAGACCAGUGAGAUUAGUGUCCAUAGCCCAGCGGUUUGGAUUAGAUCCAGAUGAUGCUUUAAACAACGUUGCGUAUGCAAGAGCUUAUAACGCCGAUCAUCAGCUAAGACUUCUGGACGCUGCUGCUCAAAUGAUGAGUGAAUCCAGGUUUUCGUUGAUCGUGGUGGAUUCUGUCAUGGCUCUUUACCGCACAGAUUUUUCUGGCCGUGGUGAAUUAAGCGCAAGGCAAAUGCAUUUGGCAAAAUUCAUGCGUGCGUUACAGAGACUGGCUGAUCAAUUUGGUGUCGCUGUCGUCGUUACUAACCAAGUUGUCGCCCAAGUUGAUGGUGGUAUGUCUUUCAAUCCAGAUCCAAAGAAACCAAUCGGUGGUAAUAUUAUGGCUCACUCUUCGACCACGCGAUUAGGCUUCAAAAAGGGUAAGGGAUGUCAAAGAAUAUGUAAAGUUGUGGACUCGCCUUGCUUGCCAGAGGCCGAAUGUGUGUUUGCAAUUUACGAAGAUGGUGUCGGUGACCCUAGGGAAGAAGACGAAUAG